AUGACUACAUCGACUGGCUCCAAACCUCUUAAACCUCCCAAAGCAUCUCCUGCUCGCCGGUCUAACUCUGCUACCACUAUGAAGCAACAAAAGCUCGGUUUCUCUUCCUCUAAGCCUACUCGUAACGCCGGCGACAAGGACAAGAGCAAGCCUUCGCGGAGUGCUUCUCUCGAGGCGACCCCGCCAACCAGUCUUGUGACUCCUAAACGCAUCAGCAUUCGCUCGUCAGUACGCGAUGAUGAUGAACUUCCGACGGUACGGGAAAAGGAGCCGGAGAUAGAAGUUAUCAAACGCGACCCGCUUGACGCCGACGACAAGCGGUGGAAUAGGGCGUACGGCGUUGCAAGGGAUUUGAUGGGUAACAUCGCUCCUAUCCACUCGGAAGGUCAGACGAAAGUCCAUCAUAUUCUCCGCGUUUUCGACAUGAACUAUGAAUACGGGCCCUGCAUUGGUGUCACUCGUCUUCAACGUUGGCAACGCGCCGAAGCACUUGGCCUUGACCCACCCCGUGAAGUCUUCGAGAUUCUCAACACCCAAGAGGGAAUCGAGAAGAACGAAUUCGCGCAGUGUGUUCUCUACGAGCCUGCCGUUCAAGCUUGA